AUGAGGCUGUGCCGUGGUUCGCGAGAUAUCCACGGUGUACAAUUAGAGGAAUUUUCUAAAUGGCUGCUUCAAAUUGGUGACGGGUUACUCGGAGACAGCACCGAUGGCGAAUCAGUGAUUAGAAUACCCGACAACUUGCUGCUGGAUAUUGAGUCUCCAUGUCUGCAUGAUUUGGUGUUGUUCGUUUAUCCUGACAUCUUACUCCAUUCUUCUAGCAUGGAUUAUUUUAAGGGUAGAAGUAUAUUAGCACCAACACUUGAUGUUGUAACUGAAGUAAACAAUCAUGUGAUGUCUUUGAUGCCUGACAACGAGAGGGUUUACUUGAGCUCUGAUACACUAAUUAAUGAAGAUGGUCAUCUGGUAUACACAAUGAGCACGGAGUCAUUGUAUGCAUUGAAUUGUUUAGGAAUUCCCCAACAUCGGUUAGUUCUUAAAAUCGGUGUUCCUGUGAUGCUUCUUCGCAAUAUUGACCAAUCCGAUGGAUUAUGCAACGGUCGUAAUACUGGUAAAGUUGUCUUUAUUCCCAGGAUGAACAUAUCACCUAAUAAUGAUGCAUUACCGAUCAGGUUUACUCGACGACAGUUUCCAGUUGCGCUUUGCUUUGCGAUGACCAUAAACAAGUUCCAAGGUCAAACGCUAUCAACUGUUGGCGUGUAUCUUCCAUUUCCAAGGCCUGUUUUUACUCAUGGUCAGCUUUAUGUUACGCUAUCUCGGGUCAACAUGCAUUCUGGACUGAAGAUAUUAUCUGUUGGUUCUAAAGGCACAAUUUCAGAUCACACUAUUAAUGUUGUCUAUAAAAAAAAUUUUACUGUCUUGCUACCUAACAUUCUACCUUGA